CAAAAGAUGCAGGAUGGAGAAGUGCUUGCAGAAACACUAUCUUCUCCUCAAGCACAACGAAAAGCUGACGAUACACACAAUUAUUCUGUUGAAACAAUUGCUGCGGAUUCUGGAUCAUCUGAAAUCGAUCGGCAGGUUGACCAUAUGCCACCACAAAGAGAACAUUCUGCAGAACAAGAUCACCACUUUGAGGAUUCUGUCAAAGAUGUAACUAGUGUUGUAAACGAUGUUAUGAAGGAUCAACAAGGUCUUCAGACUGAAUCUUCCAUUAGCUGUCAAAAGAUGCAGGAUGGAGAAGUGCUUGCAGAAACACUAUCUUCUCCUCAAGCACAACGAAAAGCUGACGAUACACACAAUUAUUCUGUUGAAACAAUUGCUGCGGAUUCUGGAUCAUCUGAAAUCGAUCGGCAGGUUGACCAUAUGCCACCACAAAGAGAACAUUCUGCAGAACAAGAUCACCACUUUGAGGAUUCUGUCAAAGAUGUAACUAGUGGUAAGAUUCUUUUGUAA